CAGUAGUCUCAUUUCGUCCAGUCAGCACAUGAGCAUCAAAUUAUGUUCUUUCAAAGUGGACUUUAAACAGUUAUAUUAUUUGCUAGUAACAAGCGGUGUGGAUAUCUUAUGAAUUCGUUCCUGAACCGAUCUCAUAAAAAUCUCAAAAAUGGAAACAGCAACGAUCGUGUUCAUCCUGAUAAUGGUGCCAAUGAUUUUCGGCGAUUGCCCGUACGAAAAAAUACGUAACAUGGGUCACUGCCACUACAACAUACACUGCACUCAUGACAUCAAGGGAAUCAAGAUCCAACGGGAAUGCCAAGGCUCCACAAACUAUGACGUCAUAUUGGAUGUAACCCUCGUCAAUGCAACCGACCGAUUCGACACUACCUCUGAACUAGAUUUCCUCUCUAUGAUAACAUCUCUGAAGAUAUCAGGUAACUGGCCCGAAACAAACCUCACGUUCCUCGAAAACAUGUACAGAAUCAAAACGUUGCAUUUAAUCGAUAAUCAAAUCAAGCGUAUUUUCGAUAGCCCCUUCCGUCAUCUCAAUAGGUUAGAAAAUCUCAACUUGUCCCGAAACCAUUUGACAGACAUCGAAGAAUUGUUCCAAUUUGACUCGUAUCCGAAUAAAGUCAAGAAACUAUCGCUCUCUCAUAACAACAUACAAGAAAUACCCGGCGAUACAUUUUCAGAACUUACCAAUCUUAUUGAGCUUGACCUCUCCUUCAAUCAGAUUUCGGAAUUGUAUGAAGAACCAUUCUAUAAUUUAACCAACCUUGAAACAUUGAGACUCAAUAAUAACCUUAUCAAGAAUCUCAAUGGAGCUAUGAAUAAUUUGCUAAACCUUAAACACUUAUAUCUAAGAGUAAAUCAAAUACAAAACAUUGAUAUCGAAUCAAUAAAAGUCAUAUAUCAUCUUGAAACUUUCGACAUAUCCCAAAACCAACUUGAAAAUUUGAAACCAAUUAUGUUUUCCAGGCAUUGGUAUCAUUUUGGAGAUCAUUCUGUAUGCAAAAUUAUUCUAUCUGAAAACCACAUUACUUAUGUACCUAAUGCAACAGUUUCAAAUGAAAUAGGUUAUCGCACAACUAGAAAUUUAUUUAAGCAGAGAAUGGAUGUCUUUACUGAACUCGAUUUGUCCCAAAAUUCUAUAUCACACAUUGAAUACAAUGCUUUCCAAUCGAUCGUGCAAUUGACAUCUUUGGAUAUAUCAUGUAAUAGACUAAUAACUUUUGAUAUAAACGCAAAAGAUUUAAGGUAUGUGAAAUAUCUGAAUUUGAGUCAAAACUACUUACAGACGUUACAUUACAAGAGUUUUGCUGCCAUGAUCAAUUUACAAAACCUCGAUUUAUCCCACAAUAAUAUGGACUACUUCCCAGAUCAACCAUUGAGCAAUAAUUAUAGACUGAAGCUACUUAACUUUACCUUUAACGACAUCGUACAAAUAAAUAGCCUACGCAUAUCAUUUAAUCGCGAAGGAGGCAUAUUAGAUCUAUCUAAUAAUGGACUAUCUUAUCUCAACCUACCCACGGGAGAUGCUAUUGGCCUAACGAUAUUAAUACUGAGUUCAAAUAAUAUCACAGAACCUUCGCUCAUUAAACUUAAUCAUCAGCCAGAUUUAGUACAGCUUGACAUGAGUAAAAAUUUAAUUCAAGAAUUAGAUAAAUCAUCGCUUCAAUUACCAGUUACAUUGGGCUUGUUAGAUUUGAGCACUAAUUAUAUACAGAGAAUUGGCCCUUCGUCUUUCCAUCGUGUUCCUCACCUAAAAACAUUACGUCUCUCUUAUAAUUUCCUAACAGGUAUAGAUUAUGGAACAUUUGAGGGACUAACGUCGUUAUUAAAUCUUGACCUGGCUCAUAACAAAAUCACGCAUCUAGAUUCAAAAGUACUCAUGGAUCUGAAAAUGUUAAGCGUUCUCUCCUUGAGGGAUAAUGGUCUGACUUAUUUAGAUCAUAGCAACUGGCUUUCCCAUAAACAAGAUUUAAGAGUUUACUUAGACGACAACGAGUUUUCCUGCGAUUGGCUCGCUACGGCGCUAAACGAUUUUAAUAAUGGCUAUUCAAAAAUGCGUCCUACUGUAUUGAAUACUAAUAUUAGCGGGAAUUCAAUAGAAGGAAUACCAUGUAAGCAAGAAGUUGGUAACCUAAUUCAGCAAAGCCCCAAUUUCGGCGAGACAGAUGAGAGGCUUUUGGUGAUUAAUCAAAAAAUCUUAGAAGCUGUACAAGAACAAACUUCAUUUUUAAGAAAAAAUAUUUGGCGCUUCGUGCUACAAGAUGCGGAGAGGAACUCACUAAAAAAUAAUAAUUAAUCUACGAACAUUGUCCUUUAAGAUUAUUAUUUUUUCAGUGAUUUAUGUUAAGAAUUUUAUUUGUACGUAGAAUAAGUGUUCAAAAAUUAGCCCGUAAUGAUUGUUUUAACCUAGAAUUUUUAUGUGCUUACUGAGUUAAAAUAAAGAUAUUAUAUAUACAUUUAAAA